CAAACCGACCGCCAAUUCAAACGGGAGGAUUUCGCCGGCGCCUUAGUCAAGACAGGAAAGUGGACCUCUUCACGACAAGUAGAAGGUAUCUCUGAAGUGAUUUUCUUGGCACUGAAACUUGUCUAACGUUACAUUCCAAUCCGCGUGCGGCUCAGCAUCCACCUCAUUUCUCAGCUGUAGCUAACGUUAGCUGGCUAAUAUGCCAGUUGCUAGUAAACCAAACAGAGUUAGCAGAUAAUAAGUCAACCGUUUUGGACUAAACAGGCAUAACAGUGAAAUAAGAAAGUUACAUUGCAAAGUCUACAACAUUUGACUGUUUUGUCUGUAGUUACUACUUUAGCUAUCCUUAACAAUGUGGGGUUAUAACGCACGUGACAUGGUGGCGAAAAUAGACGGCUAGCAAAGCUACCACACGUCACCUUAAAUUUCGAUAUUGUAAAAAAAUCGUCAUUGAUUGUAGUAGUUUGACAUUAUUGGUUCCAUCCGUAUGAUGCACCAGCAAGGGACUUUUGUGUCACCCUUACUCAGCGGGGUCUUUUGUCAAUGCCGAACAGAGGAUGCUUCUGCCCCGGAUGGAGGUGCUGGGGGCGCAUCCUCAUCAUCUUUCACAUCCUCACCUUUAACUCGGGAGCGUCCGUUGUCAGUAGAAAUCACAGGUUCCUGUGAUGACUCCUGUGAGCCAUCAUACCCAUGCGAACUUUGUGGUGGACCCGAGCAGGACCAUAGACUAAAAGUGCUGUUUCAAGUCCUGGACGUGAAUGGUGAUGGGGGCAUCUGCGUCAACGACCUGUCCAUUGGGCUCAAGAAACUGGGGGUUCAUCGCACUGAACUCGAGCUUAUGAAAAUAGUGAAAGCGGGAGACAAGGACCUGGAUGGCCAGCUGGAUUUUGAGGAGUUUGUCCACUACCUGAGAGAUCACGAGAAGAAACUUCGGCUGGUCUUCAAGAGCCUGGACAAGAAGAACGAUGGUCACAUUGACUCGCAGGAAAUCAUGCAGUCCCUUCGAGACCUGGGGGUUAACAUCUCUGAGCAGCAGGCUGAGAAGAUCCUCAAAAGAAUAAGGAAGGGCCUUGUCUGGGCCCCUAUCAUGUACAUGGACAAGAACGGCACGAUGACCAUCGACUGGAACGAGUGGAGAGACUACCACCUGCUGCACCCUGCUGAUAACAUUCCUGAGAUCAUCCUGUACUGGAAACACUCUACGAUCUUCGAUGUUGGGGAGAGUCUGAUGGUCCCAGAUGAGUUCACCGCUGAGGAGAAGAAGACUGGGAUGUGGUGGCGACACCUAGUGGCUGGAGGGGCAGCUGGCGCCGUGUCUCGAACCUGCACAGCACCUCUGGACCGGCUCAAAGUGCUCAUGCAGGUUCACGCCACCCGUACCAACAGCAUGUGCAUCGCCGGCGGCUUCACCCACAUGAUCCGUGAGGGCGGCAUGAGGUCGCUGUGGCGAGGCAAUGGCAUGAACGUCAUCAAGAUUGCCCCCGAGUCGGCCAUCAAGUUCAUGGCUUACGAGCAGAUCAAACGGUUGAUAGGCAGCAACCAGGAGACCCUGGGCAUCCUGGAGAGGUUUGUGGCUGGAUCCCUGGCUGGAGCCAUCGCUCAGAGCAGCAUCUACCCCAUGGAGGUGUUAAAGACCCGCCUAGCCCUGAGGAACACGGGACAGUUCUCUGGCAUCGCUGACUGUGCCAAACACAUCUUCCGGAAGGAGGGCAUGGCCGCCUUCUACAAGGGCUACAUUCCCAACUUGAUAGGCAUCAUCCCCUACGCUGGCAUUGACCUGGCCGUCUACGAGACUCUGAAGAACUCAUGGCUGCAGCGCUACGCCACAGACAGUGCAGACCCCGGGGUGUUUGUCCUUUUAGCCUGCGGUACCACUUCCAGCACCUGUGGCCAGCUGGCUAGCUACCCCCUGGCCCUGGUCAGGACCCGCAUGCAGGCACAAGCCACCAUCGAGGGCGGUCCCCAGAUGACCAUGUCAGGGCUGUUUAAACACAUCGUGAAGACUGAGGGCGUGUUUGGACUCUACCGGGGCCUGGCCCCGAACUUCAUGAAGGUCAUUCCAGCAGUCAGCAUAAGCUACGUGGUCUACGAGAACCUCAAGAUAAGCUUGGGGGUCGUGUCUCGGUGAGGACCAGGAGGAAAGGGAGAGAGCAUCUCCCCUAAAAACCAAAGGGUUGUUUUUUGCUUUUCUUUUUGGAGAGAAAAAAAGGAGAGCGAAGAGUAGGAGACUGAGUGAGAAGAGUUGCCAAGCAAUGGAGCAGGUGACUUUGAAAGAAGGGGUUGUUGCUGGGGUUGUUGGAAACGUUGUCUCAUUCUGUGAAUGUUUUGAGGACAGGUGGGUCGAGGUGGAUGGAAGGGGGAGAUAUAUACUACAACACAAACAACUAAAACGGGAUUCUCCAACCCUGUUCCUGUAGAGCUACUGUCCUGCAAAAACUCCAGGAGGGUAGCUCCAACCCCCCUACCAGGAACAGGGUUGGAGAACUUUGGACUAAAUGAAGUAAUGGACGGAUGUGGACGGACACUGUGACUUGGAGGGAGGUAUGGGGAUCCUCUCUCAUAGAUGUAACCUUUAAUCAUCAUUAUUUAAUGUGUUAUUUUGUUAUCAGUCCAGAGGCACUUCACCAUGAGUCCACUGUUGGCUUUUUUUUAAUCAAACACGAAGACGCAGGUUAACUAAAAAGCAAUCUCUUCACUGGAACACCAACAUUCUCCAACCAGCUUGAAGUUUGCUAAUAAUAAUGUAUUUAGGGACCAAGAAGCCGCUUUUGUUCGUGACUGUUUCAUUAUGGUGGCUGUUGUAUGUUUGUGGGAACUGGUGACUGACCAAAUCAACUGGGGGAGCACAUAUCAAGUAAAUGUUUGACCCUUCGUCCCUUAGUACUAUCCUAUAGGUGGCAGUAUUGGUUAACCUAUCUGGCUUGUGAAAGACAACCAAAGCCUAAUUCACGACAAAGGGCUUUUCUGAUUGUCAUCUAAAAUGUUCUUAUGUAUUAUCUGUCCCCCUUUAACGCAGCACUCCCCAAUUCGGCAACUAUUAGGGCACUAGCUGUGGCAAAUUUGCCUCGAGGGAGAAAAACCUCAACUCAGAAUUUUGGUUUAACUGAUUAAUUCCUGUAUUGUUUUGCCCCAUUCAAAGAAAUCCAAACGGUGGUUUUCCUUUUUCUCAUUGUUUGACUUGAUAAGAAUGUUAAACUGAUUUGAACUGAAAAGGUGAUGCAGGUUGAAUGCCCAUAGUGUCUUAUUGUCCACUUAAAACAGCUGGUAAGAAGAUGUGUGUGUGUCUUGAUGCUAAUUUAUUUUUGUAUUGUAACCAGAUAUUUAUUUAAAUGUGGUCCGUACAGACAGCACUCAAAUAUUAGAUGCUGCUAGCAUAUAAGUUUAGUUACAAUACUAUAACAACAUAUUCAGCAACUGUUUAUAUAUUGUAUUUAGCAAUUAUGAUGCAACACACAAUGAUUAGCCUACCUAUUGAUCAAGGUUUGAGGUGUUACGUUGUCACUACCUGUUUAACAUUUCGGACAGGAAGUCCUGAUUUGACAUUUGUUUCUCCGGGACCUUCUUUGCACCUGAAGUCAACAGUCUGUAAAUGCAUGAAUUUCCAGGAUGCAGGAUAUUCCAUGUCCCUUUUCAAUAAGUCUGUGAGGGCGUGGUGGCGUAGUGCGGCCUUAGUCAAAGUGCAAGACACUGGGAGACACAGCAUCAGCAAGUGUGGGAGUGCUCUGUCUCCAGGGCCGCAGAAUGGAGAAAAAUAUCUGCAAUGGGAUAGGGCAAUGGUCUGUGUGAAUGAGGACCUGUGUGCAUGAGGUCUCUCAUUUUGCUCCAUUACAUUUAAACUGCAAUGUGCAAACACUUCCACCACCAAGCUUCCUCUCACUGCACUUAAACAAGAAACACUUAAUAAUGCACUUUAAGGUAAUUUUCUUUAACUUGAACUAGACUUGAAUCUUUUUUUUUUUUCUGAAAUCAAAUGAGGGAUUGCUAGCAUUGCAUUGUGAUGUUUUUUUUAUCAUACAUUUGACUGAAAUGAUUCAUAUUAAAGGCCCAGUGCAGUCAAAAACAAGAUUUUCUUGUGUUUUAUAUGUAUAUUUCCACACUUACGUUGGAAUAAUACUGUGAAAUUGUGAAAAUUAUAAUGCCCUGUUAGUAUAAGAGCUGUUUGAAAAGACUGCCUGAAUUUUCAGCUUGUUUUGGUGGGAUGGAGUUUGGCCUUCCAUGGUGACAUCACCAUGCUGUAAAUUAGUUAAUAGACCAAUAAAGAGUUCCAAACCUCUCCGCCCAUAACAGCACAUUUUCUGUUUUCCCCUUCUAACUCAGACCACUCCCAGACAGUCCUAGCAAAAUUCUUGCUUGAGAAAUUGCUCUUUAAUAAGAAUCUAUUUUUGUUUAUUUUUGAUCAUUUUAAUUGAAAACAAUCCCAGUAAGGUACUUAAUUGUUACCCAGAAAUGAUUUGAUUUUGAGAUAAAAAAUGGCUGCAUUGGACCUUUUAAGUGUUAUAUGGAGCGUGAAUCGAGGCUGAUAUGUUAUUUGUUGUAAGGCUUAAUGUCUCAAAAGCUGUUUGUCCUGUAUGCUGAAGGCCUUAUUUUACAUGAGAUCCAUGAAUCGACUUUUUGAUUCAUGGACUCAGUUUCCAGAGGAUGGAGAGAGAAAUUGGUCUAAGUCAUUUAUUUUGUUCCAUCCUCAGGGAGAAUUUAGUAGUUUGGGGCUUUCAGUGUUCUGAAAAACACAUUUUCUCAUUAUUCCCCCUGUCAAUGUUUCUCAGUGUUCGCUAGGCAGUGUCAGUUUCCCUAGUCUUCACUGUCCUCUCACUGCAUGUAUUUAUAAAGGGGAAAUUAUAUGCAUAAACAUGUUGACACUUGGUUGUCAUUA